AUGGCAUCUAGAGAGAGACUCUUUGAACUUUGGAUGCUUUAUUGUGCAAAGAAAGAUCCAGAUUACCUGAAGCUGUGGUUGGACAGUUUUGUUUCUAGCUAUGAACAAUUCUUAGAUGUUGACUUUGAAAAGCUGCCUACCAGGGUGGAUGAUAUGCCUCCUGGAAUAUCUUUGCUGCCUGAUAAUAUUCUGCAGGUUCUGAGGAUCCAGCUUCUACAGUGUGUUCAGAAAAUGGCUGAUGGAUUAGAGGAAGAACAGCAAGCUUUGUCAGUUUUGCUUGUCAAGUUCUUCAUUAUUCUUUGCAGAAAUCUAUCUAAUGUAGAAGAAAUUGGGACCUGCUCGUAUAUCAACCAUGUUAUCACUAUGACAACACUCUAUAUUCAGCAAUUAAAAAGCAAAAAAAAAGAGAAGGAAUUGGCAGAUCAGACAUCUAUUGAAGAAUUUGUGAUCCAUGCAUUGGCAUUUUGCGAAAGUUUAUAUGACCCAUAUCGGAAUUGGAGACAACGAAUUUCAGGACGAAUCCUUAGUACUGUGGAAAAGAGCAGACAGAAAUAUAAACCAGCUUCUCUCACAGUGGAGUUCGUCCCUUUCUUUUAUCAGUGUUUUCAAGAAAGUGAACAUCUCAAGGAGAGUCUUAAGUGUUGCUUAUUGCAUCUCUUUGGAGCCAUAGUAGCUGGUGGGCAGAAGAAUGCCUUGCAAGCAAUUUCUCCAGCCACCAUGGAAGUUCUUAUGAGAGUUUUGGCUGACUGUGAUUCUUGGGAGGACGGAAAUCCUGAAGAAGUGGGUCGGAAGGUCGAACUUACUCUGAAGUGCCUUACGGAAGUGGUGCAUAUCCUUCUCACUAGCAGCUCUGAUCAGCGUCAGGUGGAAGCCAGCACUGUUCUGGAGAACUAUUUUAAACUGCUAAAUUCAGAUCAUUCAGCUUUACCUAAUCAAAGGAGGUCCAGACAGUGGGAAAACCGGUUCAUAGCUCUUCAGAUCAAAAUGCUGAAUACCAUCACAGCCAUGUUAGACUGCACAGAUAGACCUGUUCUUCAGGCUAUUUUUCUUAACAGUAACUGCUUUGAACAUCUCAUACGACUGCUACAGAACUGCAAGCUAUUUUUAAAUGCUAACAAUAAGGUGGCAGACAAGAACGAGAAAGACCUUGCCAACAAAUUACUGACAGAAAUGAAUGAGGACCAGGUGUUUCAGGGACAGUUGGACUGUUUGGCUGUAUCAGCUAUUCAGGCUUUGACAGCAGUAAUGAACAAAUCUCCAGCUGCUAAGGAAGUAUUUAAAGAGCGAAUUGGUUAUACACAUAUGUUUGAAGUAUUAAAAUCACUGGGUCAGCCACCACUGGAACUACUUAAAGAACUUAUGAAUAUGGCUGUGGAGGGUGACCACACUUCAGUGGGUAUUUUGGGCAUUAGUAAUGUCCAGCCUCUCUUGCUUCUUAUCCAGUGGCUUCCAGAGCUAGAAUCCCAUGACCUGCAAAUCUUCAUCUCAGACUGGCUGAAAAAAAUUUGUUGUAUUAACAGGCAGAGUCGAACUACUUGUGUCAAUGCAAACAUGGGAAUUAGAAUCACUGAAGCCCUUAAUUCCCAUUCUUCCCUCCAUCGAACUUGUGCUGAGAACUUGAUCGCGCUCCAUGGUUCCUUGGGGAGUCAGUCAGUCAGCUCAGAAGAAAUCCGUCAACUACUGAGAUUGCUCAGGGUGGAUGACUCUGAGUUUGCUCACCCCUACACCACUCCUGUAACUCGAGCAAUCCUGACAAUGGCCCGAAAACAAAGUCUAGAGAGCGCCCUUCAGUAUUUUAAUUUGUCACAUAGUAUGGCAGGAAUUUCUGUGCCUUCCAUACAGAAAUGGCCAGGGUCUGCCUUUUCUUUCAAUGCUUGGUUUUGCUUAGAUCAGGAUCAGUUGACUCUUAGCAACGCUAACAAAGGAGGAAAAAGAAAACAAUUAUACAGCUUUUUUACAGGAAGUGGUAUGGGUUUUGAAGCUUUUAUUACCCAUUCAGGUAUGUUGGUUGUGGCAGUGUGCACGAAAAGAGAAUAUGCAACAGUUAUGCUUCCUGACCACAGUUUCUGUGAUUCCCUCUGGCACAAUAUAACCAUUGUUCACAUGCCUGGAAAAAGGCCCUUUGGUCAGAGCCUUGUCUAUAUUUACGACAAUGGACAGCAGAAGGUCUCUGCCCCGCUGAGAUUUCCUGCCAUGAAUGAACCUUUUAUUUCUUGCUGCAUUGGUUCGGCUGGACAAAGAACCACCACGCCCCCACCAUCCCAAAUCCCAGAUCCACCUUUUUCUUCUCCUGUUACUCCUCAUCGGACGUCAUUUGGUGGGAUUUUGUCUUCAGCCUCCUGGGGAGGGACAACUGAAAAAUCAAAAUUGAUUACCAAACUGAUAUCAGCUGGAACCCAAGACAGUGAGUGGGGAUGCCCCACAUCUCUGGAGGGCCAGCUGGGGUCCGUUAUCAUCUUCUGUGAAGCACUGCAGCCUCCUCAGGUGAAGGCAUUGUACUUAGCAGGUCCAAACUGUUUAAGCCCUUGGAAAUUUCAAGAGUCUGACAUGGCUGACCUGCCUGGUAACGUCCUCCUUCACUACACUGCAAAGGCCUGCAAAAAUUCGAUCUGUCUUGAUUUAUCUACUAAUUGUUUCCAUGGAAGGUUAACAGGAAACAAAGUAGUAAACUGGGACAUUAAGGACGUUAUAAACUGCACAGGUGGAUUAAAUGUACUCUUUCCUCUAUUGGAACAAAUCAGCCACUUUGCUGAAGGUCAGAUUCCUGAAGGAUUGAAUGAAAGCACAGUUUCUGAAUUGAUAACACCUGUAGAAGGAGAGUGGGUGGUAUUGACCUCCACAAAGGCAUCAGAGUCAAGACUCGAGAGAAAUUUAAUUGCAACAUUUAUCUUGAUUGUGAAACACUUUAUUCAAAGACAUCCUAUUAACCAGGACAACCUUACUCACUCCCAUGGAGUUGCCGUUCUUGGAGCCUUACUUCAGAAGGUGCCUAGUGCUUUGAUGGAUGUUAAUGUAUUGAUGGCAAUUCAGUUACUCAUUGAACAGGUAUCAUUAGAGAAAAAUAUGCAGCUCCUGCAACAAAUGUAUCAAUAUUUACUCUUUGACUUCCGUAUUUGGAACCGUGGAGAUUUUCCCUUUCGAAUUGGUCACAUACAGUAUCUUUCCACCAUCAUCAAAGAUAGCAGGAGAGUUUUCCGAAAGAAGUUUGGUGUGCAGUUUCUCCUGGAUACACUUAGGAUUUAUUAUGGGAGUGAUUGUAAAUAUAGUGAGCUGUCUCCCGAUGAUAUUCGAACAAUAAGGACUUCUUUGUAUGGACUAAUUAAAUAUUUUCUGAGCAAAGGCGGAACUCAUGAAGAGAUACAAAGUAUUAUGGGUUACAUAGCUGCUAUCAGUGAAGAAGAACAGCUUCUUGGAAUUUUGGACAUACUCUUCAGUCUCCUACGUACCAGCCCAACUAGAGGUCAGCUUUUCUUACUACUGUUUGAACCUGGAAAUGCUGACAUACUUUAUGCCUUGCUCUUAAAUCACAAGUACUCUGACAAACUAAGAGAAACCAUUUUUAAGGUUAUGGAACAGAUGUUGAAGUGCACAAAUGUUUAUGAACGAAGUAAACAACGUAUUCGACUCAGAGAAGUUGGCUACUCAGGAUUUGGACUCCUUCUUAAUGAAGCACCUGUUAAUACUUCUCUGAUUAAAAGUCUCACCAAUCAAAUUAUAAAUACAGAUCCUGCUAUUAAUUUCAAAGAUCUGUUAUCUGUGGUAUAUAUAUCUCACAGAGCCUAUAUAAAUGUCAGGGUGGUCAUCUGCAGAAAGAUUCUACAGAUUUUGCAGUCCCAGCCAGAUGCAGCACAUCAGUUAUCUCAACAAGUGGGCUGGCAAGACACCUUAGUUAGGCUUUUUUUAAAAGCAAAUUUUGAAAAUGGAAAUACUCUUCAUAAGCACAAUAGGGCUUGUAUAAUGAAAGACAAUGAUAAAAAUAUAUCAGUGGAAGAUAUGAAGAGUAACUUUGACGAAAAGACAGAUGAAGAAAAAAUUGCCUCUUUUGCCUCAGCUCCUGUGUCUUCAGAUGAGUGGAGUUUGGAGGAUAGACAGUCUCUGGACUCAAACAUGCCAUUAUUUCAAGAAGAUAGCUCGAUGGGAGAAUUAUCUUUCAAGUCAGAGAAUCAAGAAGAAUUCUGGCAUAAUAACCCUUCACCUCUGAGUUUGGAUCUCAGUGGCAUUGACUCAUGUGAACCAAGUGAUGGCGGAAGUCGGAUGCCGGACAGCCUGCCCAGCACACCUUCCCCAGUAGAGUCCAUGAAGCCAUUUCCUGCGCAGACCGACAAAGAAAGCAGUGUCACAAAUGAUGUGGGUUUUAGUGAUGACUUCUCUUUACUUGAAAACAAAGAGAGAUGUGAGGAGGAGCUUAUUCAGUUACUGACCAAUAUUUUGAGCUGUAUAAUGUGUAAGGGACUCGAAAAGUCUGAUGACGAUACUUGGAUUGAACGGGGACAAGUGUUUUCAGCACUAACUAAACCAGGAAUAUCCAGUGAGCUACUUCGACCAUCAGAUGAAAUAAAACUAAUUUUGCUACAGAAGAUGUUAGAAUGGGCCGUCACAGAAAACAGAGAAGCAAAAAUGAAUCCAGUAACUGCUGAAAAUGCUUUCCGCCUCACACUGAUCACACAGGACUUCCUGCAGUCAGAGGGACUAGUCAAUUCGAACAUCUGGACUGAAAAGCUUUUAGAGGAUUUGAUGCUGCUCUUCGACAGUCUGUCAGUUUGGUAUUCUGAAAGUCCAGUAUGGGUGAAACUCUCUCAGAUUCAAAUCCAGUUGCUGCUUGGCUUCAUUGGAAGGGGUAAUUUGCAGGUUUGUGCAGUGGCAUCUGCUAAGCUAAACACCCUUCUUCAGACCAAAGUGAUUGAAAAUCAGGAUGAAGCAUGUUACAUUUUAGGGAAGCUGGAACAUGUUCUGAGUCAGUCAAUCAAGGAACAGACUGAAAUAUAUUCAUUUCUGAUUCCCCUUGUCCGUACCCUAGUUUCUAAAAUUUAUGAGCUUCUCUUCAUGAACUUGCAUCUGCCUUCUUUACCUUUGACAAAUGGUAGUGCUUCAUUUUUUGAAGAUUUUCAAGAAUAUUGCAGUUCAAAUGAAUGGCAAGUUUACAUUGAAAAAUAUAUUGUACCUUACAUGAAGAAAUAUGAAACCCAUACAUUUUAUGAUGGUCAUGAGAGCAUGGCACUUUAUUGGAAGGAUUGUUAUGAAGCCUUAAUGGUGAAUAUGCAUAAGCGAGACCGGGAAGGGGGAGAAAGCAAGCUCAAGUUUCAGGAGUUUUUUGUGGAGCCAUUUAAUCGAAAAGCACGCCAGGAGAACUUGAGGUAUAAUAACAUGCUGAAACAACUUAGCAGUCAACAGUUAGCCACUCUGAGACGCUGGAAGGCAGUCAAGCUUUAUCUUACAUGUGAAAGGGGACCUUGGGCUAAAAGGAAACAAAAUCCAAUUCACUGGAAACUAGCUAAUGUAGAAAAUUAUUCCCGCAUGAGACUUAAAUUGGUACCAAAUUAUAAUUUCAAAACCCAUGAAGAAGCUAGCGCUUUGAGAGAUAAUCUAGGUAUCCAACACUCACAGCCUUCCAGUGAUUCAUUGCUUCUGGAAGUGGUGAAACAAGUAAAAGUUAGUGAUAUGGAGGAGGAUAAAUUGGAUCUUCCUGAAGAGGAAAUAACAGCCAGAGUAAAUAUUGAUGAGAAAGAAGAACAGAAUCAAAAAGAAAAAUUGGUGUUAGCAGAAGACUGUGAACUCAUUACAAUCAUUGAUGUAAUUCCUGGCAGAUUAGAAAUCACUACUCAACACAUUUACUUCUAUGAUGGCAGCACUGAAAAAGAAGAUGGAGUAGGCUUUGAUUUCAAGUGGCCUCACUCUCAAGUUCGAGAGAUUCACCUACGACGGUACAACUUAAGGAGGUCAGCCCUUGAGAUUUUUCAUGUUGACCAAUCCAACUACUUUCUCAAUUUCAAAAAAGAGGUUAGGAACAAAGUAUAUAGCAGACUGUUGUCACUUCAUUCUCCAAAUAGUUAUGGAACCAGAUCACCACAGGAGUUAUUCAAAGCAUCAGGACUGACACAGAAAUGGGUAAACAGAGAGAUAUCAAAUUUUGACUACCUCAUUCAGUUAAAUACAAUGGCAGGACGAACCUAUAAUGACCUUGCACAGUAUCCUGUGUUCCCCUGGAUUUUACAAGAUUAUACUUCAGAAGAGUUGGAUCUUAAUAACCCAUCUGUAUUUCGAGAUCUAUCCAAACCAAUUGGGGUAGUUAAUGAUAAAAAUGCCAAAGCCAUGAGAGAAAAAUAUGAAAAUUUUGAGGAUCCUAUGGGAACUAUUGAUAAAUUUCAUUAUGGUACUCACUAUUCAAAUUCUGCUGGAGUUAUGCACUAUCUUAUUCGUACAGAACCAUUCACCACCCUCCACAUCCAGCUUCAGAGUGGAAGGUUCGACUGUGCCGAUCGACAGUUCCAUUCCAUCCCUGCUACCUGGCAGGCUCUCAUGGACAAUCCAUACGAUGUGAAGGAACUUAUUCCCGAAUUCUUCUAUUUCCCAGAGUUUUUGGAAAAUCAAAAUCAAUUUAACUUGGGUCGUCUACAAGUUUCCAAAGAACUGGUAAAUGAUGUCGUUCUCCCCAAAUGGGCUAAGUCUGCUGAAGAUUUCAUCUAUAAACAUAGGAAAGCUCUGGAGUCUGAAUAUGUUUCUGCUCAUCUUCAUGAAUGGAUAGAUCUGAUUUUUGGCUAUAAACAGAGGGGGCCAGCUGCAGUGGAGGCACUCAAUGUUUUCUAUUACUGUAGUUACGAAGGAGCUGUGGAUCUGGAUGCCUUAACAGAUGAGAAGGAAAGAAAAGCCUUAGAAGGGAUGAUUAAUAAUUUUGGACAAACACCUUGUCAACUGUUAAAGGAACCACACCCUUCUAGAUUAUCAGCAGAGGAAGCAGUGCAGAAGCAAGCCAAAACAGACACUUCAACCUUUAACCUAUUUCAACACCUCUCUGAACUCAAGUCAUUUUUUAUAGAGGGAAUUAGUGAUGGUAUUCCACUAGUAAAGGCAAUUGUUCCCAAAAAUCAGUCUCGUUCUUUUAUGUCACAAGGAAGUCCUGAGUUACUGAUAACAGUAAGCAUGAAUUACAUUAUUGGAACCCAUGGAUGGCUGCCGUAUGACAGAAACAUUUCUAAUUAUUUUACAUUCAUCAGGGAUCAAACUGUGACAAAUCCUAAAACUCAGCGUAGUAUGAAUGGCCCUUUUGCCCCAGGGCUGGAGAUCACUUCUAAGCUAUUUAUAGUAUCACAUGAUGCGAAGUUGCUUUUUAGUGCUGGACACUGGGAUAAUAGCAUUCAAGUGAUGUCACUUACAAAAGGCAAACUUCUUUCACACAAUAUCAGACAUAUGGAUAUUGUGACUUGUUUAGCUACAGAUUACUGUGGAAUACAUUUGAUUUCUGGUUCCAGAGAUACUACAUGUAUGAUAUGGCAGAUUACCCAACAGGGAGGUGUUCCUGUGGGCCUAGCAUCUAAACCCUUUCAAAUUCUGUAUGGACACUCUGAUGAGGUGUUGAGUGUCGCCAUCAGCACUGAGCUAGACAUGGCAGUGUCAGGAUCAAGGGAUGGCACUGUGAUUAUACAUACCAUUCAGAAGGGUCAGUACAUGCGGACUUUACGACCGCCUUGUGAGAGUUCUCUGCUCCUGACCAUUCCCAAUUUGGCUGUGUCUUGGGAAGGACAUGUUGUCAUCUACUCCAGCAUUGAAGAAAGUACCACUCUCAAGGAUAAGAAUGCAUUGCAUUUGUUUUCUGUAAAUGGCAAGCAUCUAGGGUCCCAAGUCCUGAAGGAACAAGUAUCAGAUAUAUGUAUAAUUGGAGAGCACAUUGUCACAGGCAGCUUACAAGGAUUCCUGUCCAUAAGAGAUCUCCACAGUUUGAAUCUCAGCAUCAACCCAUUAGCCAUGCGAUCGCCUAUCCACUGUGUUUGUGUAACCAAAGAAUAUAGCCAUAUUCUUGUAGGAUUAGAAGAUGGCAAAUUGAUUGUAGUGGGUGUUGGCAAGCCAGCUGAGAUGCGCUCAGGUCAGCUUUCUCGAAAAUUGUGGGGAUCUAGCAAACGGCUCAGCCAGAUCUCAGCUGGAGAAACUGAAUAUAAUACUCAAGAUUCCAAGUGA